AUGACCAGACCCUCCUUGAGCAAACUCGACGAAGAACAGCGGGAAAGGAUACCUGUUCGCCUUGUCUACGGGAGCGCUGACUGUGGGGUGACGAGCAUUGACGCAACGCUGUUCGCCGAGUCACUCCAGAACUGGCGGAAGAACGACGGGAAGAGCUUCCAGCUCGGCAUAGGUAGUGGGAAGGAGCACUCGCCGUGGGACAAGCAGGGAGAGGAGAGAACCAUGGUGAUGGGAUGCUGA